CAGCUGGCUUCUUCAACCCCAAUAGGUGACGAUGCGAUUCGAUUCGACCACAGCCUUGAUACCAUUCAGAAGACAAGCCGGCUCGAAUGCAGUCCGGUAAGAGAAAGGCCAGCCUCGACCGUACCAUCACCACCCAUCUCGGUGAACAACUUUGGGAGGCUCAGGCUGACCACACCACACCAUCACACUACCCCAUCCCCCCACCCAUACACCCCCAAUCCCUGGAAGGCUUCCAUCUCUUCUUCUAUCCUUCCCAACUACCCGUAUGUUGCAGCCAGCUUACCUUACCUACCUCAACUUAUGUCAAGUGGCUUUGCUUUGCCUUGAAGUCCUGACUCCUGACUGUCCUGGGGCUCUGAUGCAGUCCUAGUUUUGACACAUGUUCAUCAUCAUCAGGAAUCCAUAACUUAUAUCGCCGCCAGUGGAAUCAUGGAAGCCCCUUUCAUUAGUUCUGAUUGAAUCAUAUCGUUGUUUGUUUGUUUGUAGCGCUGCAGCUCUUCCACACUGCACGCCACACCCCUCGGUUCCUGAGUUGUCAGUAGUCACCCGCGCCAUGUCUUUUCUAAGCAAGCGGAGGCGGAGUCAGAGGUCUUUUGUGAGAGGACCUCGAAGUGAAGAAUUCACAGUGAGGAGAGUCGAACCCAGUAAUGAGAUACAAAUCCGUAACGAGACACUCCCAGCGGGGAGCUCGAUACCUCCAAAUUCGAAUGCGGCCGAUUUUGCGCUUGACGAUUCCUGUGUGUAAGAUUUCGUGAUAUCUGCGGAGGUGUAUCUCUAACCAAGGUGUAGCCGUCGCAAAUCAUCCAAACACAGCUCAUCGCAUCUACGCUUCCUCGCAUGGGUGGCCUACACUCGCAAGUUCACAGAUGAACCCAUCACGCAGGAAGAAAGAAGAACAUGUCCACUGUUAUGGUGUCGCGCCGUCUUCGAGGACCAAGAGGCCAUGCUUCAACACGUGUGGGAUUGUGAACAUCUGGCAAAAGGACUUUACUGGUGUUUUCACUGUCAGAAACCCGAACGAGUAGGAUCAUUUCAAUGCAGGAGAUGUCAGGGGACUCCUUCAAAGACUGAUAGGAUCGCGACGGUCGCUAAAAGAAUCUUCUCUAAAUUGGGAUCCAAGCAUCACAAGACCCCAAAGGUACCGCAGCCCCAACCGGAACCCGACAUGACUGUAGCCAAGUAUCCAGAGAUUUCCGAGACUUUGGAAAAUCACCCGGAUUUCCCAACAAUGUAUGAUGCUGGUCCGGGGGGGGAUUAUAGCUCACAGGAGCUAUCGCGGACAGCCGGUACGUCCAGGUCAGCCUCAGAUUGGGCUGCACGAGAAUUGCCUGAUACGCAGAUAUGUGAGAUGAUCGGAUCCGAGUGUCCUUUGGAGCUCAGUAACGGUGCAGAGGAGAGUUGGUUGCCUCAGAGUUAUCAAGUGAACCAAGAUAGCUGGUUCACCCCAGAUAUUCCAUUAGCAUCAAACAAUAGCAACCCCGAAAAGCCGUGGAGUCUCGAUCUUCUGCCUCCACUGAAUACUCAAUUACCACGUCCAAACCAGGGCCGUGUUUCCUCUCAAGAUUAUAAUGAUGACUGGACAGACGAGCCUAUGUCUGCCACGUUAGUGUCGCCAUUGGAUGUCGAUGGGCGUGAUGACCGAUUCGCUUCGUUGUUCCAAGAGAUAUCACCCACUGAUACCGAAUUGAGUGGCAUCUCAUUCCUGACUGAUUCUGGAUAUACGAGUGCGACUGUAUCAUCGACAUGGAGUAGUUCGUCAAUGGCAAACUUUGAGCUGCAUCCAGGUUUCAAUGAACCAAGAGGAAAGAAACGGUAUCGCGAUGAGAUUGAACAGACGCAUUCGAUCAAUGCAAUCGUGUCAAGAAAUAGCUCAACCAGGUCAACGAAUUCCGUCUCACCAGAGGAAACUGAGGUUGUAGAAGCUGAGAAUACCCAUUCUCCCAGCAGAUGUCCUAGUACAAAAAAGCCCAAGAUUGUUUCUCCAUAUUGGGAGAGUGCCUCAACUCUCGUUCAGUCAUUCAUUCUCCGAGGUACUUGA